CAUUGCAAAGCGGACCAACAAUCUCUGACAAGCAGCAUUUGCAUAUCGCAGGAAGUUCAGGAUGGCUCCUUUAAAAAGGUGGAACUGGGUAAUCCUCAUCAAAAUACCACAAGAUCAUCAACCAAGCAACAGCUUACUCGAAGCCGAGUUGGUUUCUUCAAGACAAACACUUGGCCAACACUUAUAUUUCCACAUACUACUAAAAGCUGAUACCGUUGUUCGUCCACUAUACAGCCAACAUUCGGGCGGCAACGAGUUCGAACUUGGCGCCAAUCGUGUUCGUGCAGAGAGUCAACGAGAGGCAUCUAAACCAUGAGUUUGUUAUCGGUCAAACCUGGAUACGUGCAGCGGGGUACGGAGAAGAGAGUUCGAUUCGAUUGCGCUCCGCCAGUCGUGCAUCUUAUCAACAAUCAGCAGCAGCAGCAACAGCAAGGCUCACGCGUAGACUGCCCUCCCCCGCCGCCUCCCGCUCCCGGUCUGCCUGUACCUGCCCAAGGUGGUGCUGGCAAUAACGUGGAUAUAUUUCGCCAGAUCAACGCCCUGUUGGAAAACUCACUGGAUUUACGUGGAAUAGGUUCGAACCAGGGAGCAGGACCGGUCAACAACGGGGACUUAGCCUGGCCAUGUAGAGUUCUCACCUUUCCAAGCCCAAGGAGACAGCAAGUACUUGGGAACACGCCUCAUUCUGAAAUGAGAGAUGAAGUACCACACAUCAACGCAAACCUAUUAGAAGCUGCUAGAGCCCAGAUCCAGUCGUCAUCCUCCUCCAACACAAUGGAUGCCAAGAUGACGCUACCCCCCUCGAUCAGCACCUCUACAUCCUUACCCACACCCCAAGGCUCUACCAAUGGUACAGACUUCAUAUCUUUCCUCCCCAACGUUCCCGGCUCCCCGGUCUCCCAGAGCACCUGGAGCUCCCAUCCCGUCUGCACCAACCCCAAAGAUGCAAUCACUCUGUCCAACAUCGACCGCUACCUCAGUGGAGGAGGGGCGUUCCCGGACGAAGGAGCCUGCAGCCACAUCGUGUCGAUGCUGGAGUCCUUGCCGGCCAGCAGCGUGGGCAGUGACCAGUAUCCAUCGUCCGUGAGCAGCGUCAACAGUCCAAGUUCAGAUUCUUCCGUGCUGUGGGAUCAUGUCUUCUCCCCCAUCAACCAGGCUGGAGGUGGGGCAGGGAAUAGAGACCUGAAGUGCCCAAGUCCCAGUGAUUCUGACAGCAGUGGAGUCAGCUCCGCUGGAUCCAUGAAUGAUGCCCAGCUGGCAGAAAGCCUCUCUCAAAUGAUGGGCAACCUGAAUCUCACAGGAGACCCUGCAUUCCGAAACCCUAACACACAGAUGGGUCUUAACAUGGGUAUGCCUAACAUAUCGCCAGCAAUGCUUUUGCAGGGCGGGCUUCAGGGAAAUCUACCUGGAGCCUUUCCCAACAUGCCGUUCUCCCAGACUGGUCAGUCGGUGACGGACUCCAACAUGUACAGAGCCCUACCUCCUCCUGCUCUGGACUUCAACGAUCCCAACGUCCAGGCAUUGACCAGGCAACUCCUUAUGGAUCCUAAGUUGAACAGCCUCGAGAAGCUCUUUAAUGCCCUUCCAACUGAUCCUAGUAACAUUGAGAAGUUGGCUCGACUUAACAGACAGGCAGCAGCUAUCUGCCAGCCAACUUGUACGUGGAGUGGGCAGUUACCUCCUAAAGUGUACCGUAAUCCAACGUACUCCUGCAAAGUAUUCCUUGGUGGCGUUCCGUGGGAUAUCACAGAAGCUGGUCUGCAGGCAUCUUUCAAACCGUUUGGAUUGAUCAGAGUAGAGUGGCCGGGAAAAGAUGGCAAACAUCCAAGAUAUCCUCCUAAAGGUAUGUCAGUAUCUCAGGUUCAGCACCAGAGAGGGUUGCAUUCAGACAUAUGAUAUUUAUAAUGGUAA